ACCGCCUUGAACCAGACCACCAAAACGAGGCGCAUUCGCAUCGCCAAACAGUCACAUGAGAAAACUCCAAUCAACGGACAAACCCCACCCCCGAGAGCAUUCAGCCCCUCUCUGACAUCCCCUUUCGUCCACUUGUCCCCAGAAUCACAAGUCGAGCAAUCCAUUUCCAGUGCGCCAAGCCGGCUUCUGAGACGUAUCGAGGUCCAUCUCCAUCGAAUCCUAUCCGUUCCAUUGGGUCCGGCCUUCUGUAAUCCUAGAAAUCCAAAGGGCUGUGCCAUAGUAUGCCAUCCUCAUCAGGUCCGAGUAAUAGAUCCGUUGUGAAGCCCGCCGCUUUAUUCCUUAUAAGUCUUGUCGUCCUCCUCUUCUUUUCCACGAUCCCAUCUCCCACUUUCAAUUCUACCUUGUUGAACCAGCUCUACUCUGGUCAUCAGCAUCCUACAGCAACAAUCGCAACGACAGCUACAGUCACCUUUACGGAAUCAGUCACGGCCACCAUCACUUCUGUUGACAAAGGACCAACACCAUCCUCCGUCACUUCCACCACACCAGCCACAACAGAAACAAGUACUACUACAACCGAACAACAAACGACACCAACAUCACCAACCAUGGGAGGCGGUCCAGACACCACCGGCUACCGCACCGUAGCCUACUUUGUCAACUGGGCCAUCUACGGCCGCAAGCACCGGCCGCAAGACUUGCCCGCCGAGAAGCUGACGCACAUUCUCUACGCCUUCGCCAACGUGCGCCCGGAUUCGGGCGAGGUCUACCUGACGGACCAGUGGGCGGACACGGACAUCCACUGGGAAGGAGACAGCUGGAACGACAGCGGCACGAACCUGUACGGGUGCCUGAAGCAGCUGAACCUGCUCAAGCGGCGCAACCGCAACCUCAAGGUGCUGCUGUCGAUUGGCGGGUGGACAUACAGCAGCAACUUCAAGGAGCCGGCGAGUAAAGAAGAGGGGAGGAGGAGGUUUGCUGAAAGUGCUGUUGAACUUGUCAAAAACCUCGGCUUCGACGGCCUCGAUAUCGACUGGGAAUACCCGCAAAACGCCCAAGAAGCCUCCGACUUUGUCUCUCUGCUCUCAGCCUGCCGCUCCGCCCUCGACGCCUACGCCUCCACCGUCCCUGGGAACCCCCACUUUGAGAUGAGUGUCGCCUGCCCGGCCGGCCCGCAGAACUACGAGAAGAUGGACUUGCCAGGAAUGGACCGGUACCUCGACUUCUGGAACCUAAUGGCGUACGACUACGCUGGCUCGUGGGACCAGGUGGCGGGCCACCAGGCCAAUCUAUUCCAUUGCAACAGCAACCCGGCUGCCACGCCCUUCAGUACCCAGCGCGCCGUCGAGUACUACUUGUCGACAGGCGUGGCGGCCGACAAGAUCGUCUUGGGCAUGCCGCUGUACGGGCGCGCGUUUCAGGGCACCGAGGGAUUGGGGCAGCCGUAUAGUGGUGUUGGCGAGGGGACGUGGGAGAAUGGCGUGCAUGAUUACAAGAAGCUGCCGUUGGAGGGAGCCGAGGAACGCGUCGAUUACGAAUCUGGUGCUACGUAUUGCUAUCAUCCGGGAACCAAGACGCUGGUCAGCUAUGAUACGCCUGGCAUGGCGAGGAUGAAGGCCGAGUAUAUCCGGGAGAGAGGCCUUGGUGGUGCCAUGUGGUGGGAAAGCAGUGCUGAUAAGGAAGGCCCUGAUAGCUUGAUUGGUACCGUCGUCGAGGGUUUGGGCGGCCUCCCGGCGUUGCGUUGGGACGGCAACUGCAUCGACUACCCGAACACCAAGUAUGACAACUUGCGGGCUGGGUUUCCGGGGAAUUAGGUCGUAGUCGUGUAUGUUGAUGGAUAGGAUGGUGAAUGUCGUCGUACACUUGGUAGUGUCAUGGUAGAUGAAACAUAUUUCACAAUCACAGCCAGCAGCGAAAUUCAAGUAAAAAUGAUUCGGCCAAGUUGGUCAUGCCAUUCCCAUUUUUGCUUUCCCUCGCCAGUGAAAGGUACCCUGAUGUCCGCUCAAAACGCCGU